CACCAGUCACUGCUCAAGAUCCUCAAGUGGUGAACUCAAUCCCCCCUUUAAGAAACCCCAGACUUACUGUCUUCAACACCAUAGCCAGAAAACAAAUUGUGAUCUAUACCAAAGCCUAUUCCUCAUCCCCCCAUCGUAAACCAUGACCUCCCCCCGAGGCCUCCCGCGCAUCCGCGCCUGCAUUUUCGACAUGGACGGCGUGCUCAUCGACUCCGAAGACCUCUACACCGUCGCCGUCAACAAGAUCCUCGCCGCCCACGGCAAGCCCAACCUUCCCUGGCACAUUAAAGCGCAGCUCCAAGGCCGACCCGCGCUUGAAGCCACCCGCAUCUUCCACACCUGGGCCCAACUCCCCCUCUCCACCACUGAAUACACCACCCUCCUCCACGCCCACCACACCGCCCUCUUCCCAACCUGCCGCCCCCUCCCCGGCGUCGAACCCCUCCUCACCACCCUGGCCACCGGCACCGCGCCCCCCACCCGCAUCGCUCUCGCCACUAGCUCGUACAGCGGCACCUUCGCCCUCAAAACCACCCACCUCGCCCACGUGUUCGGGAACUUCCCCGCCGACUGUCUGGUGAAGGGUGACGACCCGCGCAUCCCCAAAGGACGCGGAAAGCCGGCGCCAGAUAUUUUCUUGGUGGCGUUGCGGAGCGUGAAUGAGGGGUUGGAGAAGGGGGAGGAGGCGAUCCGGCCGGAGGAGUGUUUGGUGUUUGAAGAUAGUGUGCCGGGGGUGGAGGCGGCCAGGCGGGCGGGGAUGCAGGUGGUCUGGGUGCCGCAUAUGGGGUUGUGGGGGGAGGUGAAGGGGAGGGAGGGGGAGGUGUUGGCGGGGUUGACGGGGGAACAUGUGGAGGAGGCGGAGGUGGUGGCGGAAACGGGGAGUGGAGGGUGGCCUGGGAAGAAGGGGGACGCUUGGGGACGACGAUUGGAAACACUGGAGGGGUUCCCGUUCCAUGAGUACGGAAUAACGAUUGAGGAACGCAAAUAG